AGACUGCAUUGAAGAAAGAAGUGUACCCAACAACGAACAUGAUCCCUCCCAGAGAAACAAGGAUCGUACCAAGAAGGAAGGCAGGAGAGUUUGGAGCAAGCACUACAGCGAAGGACGCAAUCACACUGACGGAGAGCGACAUCGUCUCGCUGUUCAGUCUUAGGCAGGGGGACGCAGCGAGACAUCUGGGGAUCUCGCUAACAGCAUUGAAGGCAGCGUGCAGGAGGCUCGGAGUACCCAAGUGGCCGUACCUCCGAGCUCACUGUGUAGAGCAGCAGACGAAUGUCAAGAACGCCAGCGACGAUUUGUUAGCCUUCUUUGACGUGAAAAGAUCGAGUUCACCAAAUCCCAGCGGGGGGCAAGUAGCAGCUAGCACGACCAUGGUCGCGCCGGAAGGAGGCAGGAAACAGAGCAUGGGGGUGGCAGUAGCAGAUUUUAGUUUUGGGUUGAACACGCUGGAGCUCGAUUCGUUGCUGCAAGAAGCGCUAUGUCACGUCGAAUCACGAUGAUGUAGAUUAACCACCGAUUGAUAAGCGAACAAUGAUUUCUUUGUAAUGUUAAUUUUGGAAAAAAUCAAUAACCUCUAAUUGGAAUGAAACUCUCUGACAAUC